GCACAGGACAGUUUUCCUGCCUGGUUCCCACCUAAGCCAGUCCUCCCUCUUGCGCCAUGCUUUGGCCUCUGUUUUAUCCACCACUGCCUGCUAGAAAGCAUUGCACGAAGACGUUUGAAGUUCUGCCUCGAGAUGAAGUGGCUUCCACCAUCCCUUCUGCUCCUGGGGGUAACAGCCCUUCUGCCGGGGGACUGUUUUGUCUACCAUUCCACACGUUCCCUGCGCCACCUGUACAUGUCUGCGUGGGAGCCACACCAGAGCUUGCCGCAGUUCAGCGCUUCGCGUUAUGAGGGGGACCACCUCCUCUCGUACUACGACAGCGAGACAAGGGAAUGGGUGCCUCACCUUCCCUGGCGGAUGGAACAAGACCCCCAGUACUGGGAAGGGCAGACCCAGAUGAUGCGCCAAGCGGAGGAAUCUUUCAGAGUCAAGCUGCAAUCUCUGGCGAGUCGCUACAACCAGAGCGAAGGGUAUCAUAUCUUGCAGUACAUGGAGGGCUGUGAGCUUAGCAGGGAUGGGCAAAAAAGAGGAUAUGCCGCGUAUGGCUACGAUGGGAAGGACUUCAUCAGCUUUGAUAAGGAGAACCUCACCUGGAUUGCAGCUGAUGCCGUUGCUGAGGCCACCAAGAAAAGGUUGGAUGCUGCCGUGGAAUAUAACCUGCAAAGAAAAGUCUACCUGGAGGAGGAGUGUGUCGCGUGGCUGCAGGAAUCUCUGAACGAUGACAAGAUGGUUCUAAUAUCAGCAGAACCUCCACGAGUGACUGUGACUUCCAAGGUCGGCUCUGAUGGUCCGGAAACUCUUAUCUGUCAGGUCUAUGGUUUCUACCCCAAGCAGAUUGAGAUCAGGUGGAGGAAGAAGGGCCAAGAGAUCUCAGAAAAAGACUCACCCCCUAUGAUUCUUGCCCCCAACUUGGAUGAUACCUACUACACCUGGAGCAGCAUUGAUAUUGAUCCCAAAGACAAGGACCACUAUCACUGCCAUGUGGAACAUAUCACUCUCCCACAGCCUUUGGAUGUGGGCUGGGAGAAGCGUGAAUCAUAAUUUUGAUGAAGACUUUUUUUGGGCCAGCGAAGGAGAUGAAGAAAACCAAAUGGCACAUGAAGAAAUUAUGCUUGGAAGAUAUACUGAGAGAGCCACUCAGGUUGGCUUCAAGAGCAAUCUUGUGUGUGUGUAAGGGAGAUAUAAAAAGGAGAGAGAAAUAAGUUAUUGAAAUAUGUUGUUAUUCUGUGCCAUCGAGUAGCCUUCAAGUUAUGAAUGAGCAAUAUCCAAAAUGUCCUGUCCUCAGCUUCCCUGCUCAGCUCUUGUAGACACAAGCCUGUGGCUUCCUUUUACGGAG